AUGGCCAAGACAGAAGAAGGGCAACCAGCCACCCCAGCGGCGGCUCAGCCAGUGCAGGCAGCUCAGCCUGCCCAGCAAGCUUCAACCCCACAGCCAGCCCAGCCAGUUCUGCAAUACUCACCUGCACAAUGGCCCCCUACGUCGCCACCGAUUCAGGCUGCCCAAGCACCUCGGACGACAGCACAGCAACAGCCUGCGAGCAAUGCAAUGGAAACAGAUGUUGCCACGCUGAAUGACGCCUUAGGGAGUGCUGGUGUAGAUUUGAGGGCCGAAGAGGAGACGCUGCAACGGCAGAAUGACCACCACCAUUCUUACCGUCCAUACGAAGAUCGUACGCGCAAACAGCCCCCAAUUCCUUCGUUCAACAACCAAUUCCUUAGUCAAACGAUGCGAACAUUUGCCACCCCACACAAAGUGACCAAAAUACCUGAAGACUCAGUCAAUUACCUUGCAUUAGCUCUGCGAACACGGUUACAGGACUUGGUUACGGCAAUGAUCGCGGCAUCCCAUCACAGAAACGAUACGCAAUUUGACAGACCUGCGUCGCUGUACGAAGAUGGUACACCGAUGUGGAGUCUGCUUGUGCGGAGCGACGUAGCGAAACAACUUGCUGCUUUGGAGAAAGUAGAAAGGGAAGAAGAAUUGAAGGUACGACGAGAACGGAAAGAAAGAGCGGAUAUGGCUGCUGCCCAAGCGGCACAACUUGCAGCGCAGGCAGCAGGGGGACCUAAUGCGAUGGCCGUUGACUCGUUUGACGAUGAUGGUGGAGGUCAAAAGAAGAAGAAAAAGAAAGAGGGACCUGGCGUUACAGCGAGGAAUAUGUCUGAAGAUGUCCGAAAGAAGAUGUCGAAUGCUGUAGCCAGUCAAGCUGCUGGGUUGGGUGGUAAAUACGCCUGGAUGACGGCUGCCAAUGCUGCGACCCCAGCGAAGCCCAAACCCCCACCCGCUGCAACGGGUGCAACAUCUCCUGCUACGACUACCACACCAGCCACAGGUUCCUCUGCGGCUAGCUCGUGGGCUCGACCGUACGUAUCAACCAAGAAGGCACCUUCGUCUUCCUCCGCGCCUACUAAUGAGGAGGAUGUCCGGACGACCGUUACGAUGCGGGAUGCGCUAUUCGUGAUCGAGAAGGAACGAGGUCACGGAGGCGGUAGGGGUGCUGCGAGGUUGUGCAUAUGA